ACCGUUCGAACCAGCAUGCAGAAAAGCUAUUGGUUGGCUCUGGAAGCUCGAGGAAUCCUCAUUCAUCCGCUUGGCGUUGCUUCGUGGUUUAUUGUUUCUCUCCGUUUCGAAAUAGAACAGGGAAAAGUCACCGGCGACAUGGCAGGAGGAAAGGCUGGAAAGGACAGUGGUAAAGCUAAGGCAAAGGCUGUUUCUCGCUCCCAGAGGGCUGGACUCCAGUUCCCGGUGGGUCGUAUCCACAGACACCUGAAAACCAGGACCACCAGCCAUGGCAGAGUGGGAGCCACCGCAGCCGUCUACAGCGCCGCCAUCUUGGAGUACCUCACCGCUGAAGUGUUGGAGUUGGCAGGGAACGCCUCCAAGGAUCUGAAGGUGAAGCGUAUCACUCCACGUCACUUACAGCUGGCCAUCCGCGGAGAUGAGGAAUUGGAUUCGCUCAUCAAGGCUACCAUCGCUGGAGGAGGUGUGAUCCCUCACAUCCACAAGUCUCUGAUUGGAAAGAAGGGCCAACAGAAGACUGCAUAGAGGAAGUGACCUCCCACAUCACCAGGAAGGAAUGGGCAGCCAUGUUCAUUUUGUUUCUCAUAUUUUUUGGGGGGAAAUUUUGUAACCAUAGUUGUAGUCUCUCGAGGGAGAUGUGUAGUCUUUGAGGUAUGUGUUGAUUUGUACUGUUUUAAAGGGGUGUGUUUUAGGGUAUGGUUUUUUGCAGACAAGAAACUUGUGCAAUAACCACGUUUCCAUCCACAGUUUUUAUGCGAGUAAAGUCAUAGUGUAUAAAAAACCAAGACAGCAGUAAUGGAAACAGGAAUUUUCGGUACAAUUUUAUAAAUGCCAACAGACAAUUUGUUCGUUCGACAUGGUGGGAUCUUUUUGUGUUGGUAAAAUGUAUGAUGUGAGAAAUGCCAGUGAAAACUCCUUUAUGCACAAAUAUUGAUAAGAAGAAUCCAUGCAUUUUAUUAGGCUACAGAUUAAAUUCUAUGAUGAACUUCA